AUGAUCCCUUCGUUGGAGGUUUCAGUAUCCUCGGAGUGGGCGGACAUUCACCGCAAUUUUGCACCACUCAUUCGACUUUCAAAUAUAGCUGCACCACUUUCUAAAUUCACCAGUGUCGAAUGCGAUGCAGGUGAAGUUGUUGCCUAUAAUAGCUCUCACUGCUCUCCAGUAAAGUGCAAUGAGUCAUCGAAUAUUUUUGAGUUGCUUGCUCCGGUAAAUAUACAACUUCCUCCAGGACCAACUUCAGAGGAGCUUUCUAAUUUUAAUGCGUUAGUCACUAACCUCAUCGUUCAACAGGAGAAUGAAAAACAGUAUAUCAGCCUGAUUUUUCGAGAGUAUUGUAAACGUAAAGGUAUCAUGCAGAAACGUGAAAAAGAAUUCGAUGCGUUUAUAGAAGAGUUCGCUGAGCUUCAGCGCCGUGAUUUACCACCCUUCCUUCGUCAGGCACUUGCGAUACUGGAGGAAGAAGAGACCACUGUUCGUGGUGAAAUCGUGGUGGUAUACAAUCGGUUCCUGGAGUGGAUCGAAGGGGUACAGCCGCAGUGGUUGGAAGCGGUGGAUCGACAAAUAGCGGAAAACCGCAUGAAGGAAGAGGCCAAAAAAGCUGCACUGGAGGCUUCCAAAGCCCUCUUAGUGCAGGAGCUCGAGGCUGGAAGAAGGUUCACUUCAAUGUCAGGCAAUAGUAUAGAUUCUUCCUACGUGCCCAAUGUUGGGCUGGAUGACGGUAUCCAUGAGGAACCUUCACCGGCCGCACUACGACGCAAAGCCAUUGAAUUACUGGAGCAGCAAGAGGCUGUGAUGCGUCAUCGUCGUGAUCAGCACUUACUGGAGCUAAAGUUGAAAGAAGAGUCUCUACGUCAGCGUAUAAAAAAUGCAGAAAACGAACGUCUUUCUGGGGAUAACAAAGAAAAGGCGAAUUGGGAGCUGCUACACCAAGAUUUGCCUGAACAGAAAAAUGAUCUUCAGCUCCUGCAUGCGCAUGAAGCGGAAAUGUUGCAGAAAGAGGAAAAGCGCCGUAUGAUGUUGGAACAUUGUACAGCUGAGGAAGAACUUAUUCGGCAUCGUUUGAAGAACCAAGAGGACAAGCGUAGGGCUGUGGAAGAGGAAAAGAAAUGCCUUGAGGCUCAGAAAAAGAAAGAGUUCUAUGAGCAUAUCCUUGCCGAAGAGGAGCUUCUGCGUCAACGCAUGCAGCAACGUGAGGCCGAAAAAGAAAUGGAAAAUCAACGACAAGCCGCAGCUAUUGAACAGGCGCGUCAAGAAAAAAGCCAGGCGCUGAGACGGAAGCAAGAGGCAUUCGAAGAGGAAUUAAGACAUCGUGAGCAGCACAAUUCACUAGUGAUGGAGCAGGAGGAGGUGUUGCGUCGCGUCAAGAAGGAGUACCAUAAUGCCGAAAGAGCUAAGCAGGUUACACUGUUAAAGGAACAAGAAGAGAUGGUUAAAGCACGAUUACGUGCUAAGGAGAUAGCUGAAAUUCAGGCUAAGGAGCAGAAGUUGCAAAAUCAGGCGCCACAGCAAAUCAUUUAUCCUUCAAUGGGGUUCCUUUCGUCAAAUUCCCAGGCCGCGACAAACCCCAGCGCGGUUGCCACUACACCUUACUUACCUACCGCCCAUGCACCGGCAGCGACAUCCGGUUUGUUUCAAUAUGUUGGUCCCACCUCUAACAUGCCGCCCAGCACCCAGUUCACCGCCUUUCAGACGUCUACCGUGGGAUCUGGUGGAGUGGCGAUGCAUCCGGUCCAAACCUAUCCACCUUAUUACACUGGCCACGUUCCCGAUGGUAUCCAGCCUAUGGCUUUGCCUAAUCCUGCGGUGGUUUACCCUAACGUAAAUUCGUGGGGUGGCACUGGAGUGCCCUACGCUCAGCCAAAUACGAUACCGACAGAGGGAUACCGAUAUAUGAUUCCUUACACGGUUCAGUUAUUAAAUCCCCAAAUCCAAGGAGGAUCUUGA